AUGUGCUCAGUGCUGCAGGUUCCAAGCUCUGUGUCCUGUGCUCAGUGCUGCAGGUUCCAAGCUCUGUGUCAUGUGCUCAAUGCUGCAGAUUCCAAGCCCUUUGUCCUGUGCUCAGUGCUGCAGGUUCAAAGCUCUGUGUCCUGUGCUCAAUGCUGCAGGUUCCAAGCUCUGUGUCCUGUGCUCAAUGCUGCAGAUUCCAAACUCUGUGUCCUAUGCUCAGCCCUUCAGAUCCCAAGCCCUGUGUCUCCUGCUGCACAGCAUCCAAGCUCUGUAUCUCCUGCUGCACAGCACCCAAGCCCUGUAUCUGCUGCUGCACAGCAUCCAAGUCCUGUAUCUCCUGCUGCACAGCAUCCAAGUCCUGUAUCUCCUGCUGCACAGCAUCCAAGUCCUGUAUCUCCUGCUGCACAGCAUCCAAGUCCUGUAUCUCCUGCUGCACAGCAUCCAAGUCCUGUAUAUCCUGCUGCACAGCAUCCAAGUCCUGUAUCUCCUGCUGCACAGCAUCCAAGUCCUGUAUAUCCUGCUGCACAGCAUCCAAGCCCUGUAUCUACUGCUGCACAGCAUCCAAGCCCUGUAUCACCUGCUGCACAGCAUCCAAGCCCUGUAUCUCCUGUUGCACAGCAUCCAAGUCCUGUGUUUCCUGCUGCACAGCACCCAAGCCCUAUGUCUUCUUCUGAUUAUUAUACCUGUUCAAUAAACUUAUUUUCUUUAUGUUUGCCAUAA